AUGCUGAAGAACCUCAAAUUAUUCAAAAACCUUGAUUUUCUGAGGAGUGGCAUGUUUAAGACUUUUAUUCUGGUAUGUGCGUCGAUAGUGCUAUUCUAUGCUUCAAUGUUUAGAAUACCUGAGACGUCGCGGGAACGCAGUACCGUGCCUCUGAGCAGGCCCCAGUUCAAAAAGCUGAUUUACUUUGUGAUCGAUGGUCUUAGGUUUGAUGGGUUUGUGCCAACAAACAAAGAGGGGAUCUACUACAACAAUUUUGUGUUCACAAAAGAUCCUGCUGUUCUCAAGACAACGUUCUUUUCGGUUUCCUCCAUUCCGACUGCUACAACCUGUAGGGUCAUCAGCCUUAUGACUGGUGCGCCCAGUAAUCUGAUCGAAGAAGUAAUGACAUUUUUCAUGUCGAAGGUAAGGAUAGAGUCAUUGCCUGAUAAGCUUUCGGACAGGCCAAUGAGGUUUUACGGCGACGAUCUCUGGGUCAAGAGUUUUGAAGCACUAAAAAACAACUCGUUCACGUUUUGCGGAUUUAGUAAAGCCGACUUGGCAACGAACGAGACCAAUCUGGCCGAAAAGGUCAUAAGCGACAAAGACGUUGACAUUAAAUUCAUUCAUACAAUCUCGGUGGAUGCAUUUGGGCAUGUGUAUGGCACAGUGCACCAUGAAAAAGUAAGGGAGGCGCAGGUCAGGGCAGACAAUCUUCUAAGUGAGAUGUACAGAAAUAUGGACGAAGACACUCUGCUUGUGGUAACGUCCGAUCAUGGGGUAACAAACGAAGGCGCACAUGGCGGAAGUUCUAAAUACGAGAUGGCUUCGUUCUGUGGGUUUUACUCUAAAAAACCAAUAUUGGCUCCUGAAAACGGCCUAUCCAGCUCUGGUGAAAAUAUUUACAACUCUGAAUUCAUUCGGAAAUUUUACGACCUUGAUCUUUUCAGUGUCGAAAACGACUGGAUCAGGCCUCAAAACCCAUACAAGAUAAUACACCAAGACGACAUUCUUCCUACCGUUUGCUACUUGCUAGGCAUUCCCGCACCAUUAAAUACAUACGGAAACCUCAUACCCUACCUUGUCGAAGACGACAAUGCUCAAAGAAUUUUAUUUGAGCAAAAGAAAAAACUGCUAUCGGACCUGAAAAAAUUUAAUAAUGAGACUGAUGACUGUUUCAGAGACUACAAAAGCUGCAACUACGAGCUAACAAUGCUGAUAUAUUCAAGAUUGAUGGGAAAGCACCCUUUUCUUGCCUGUCUGGCUGCAAUUUUUGGAGCGGCUGCGCUGUGUCAAAUAUUCGUCCAGCUGGUGAAAUCAGGCGCCUUAACAAAGCAGUUGCUUCCAUCUAUUCCAUUCAUCAUAGCCAUGGUUAUGGUUACUCAUUCGUACUGGUCCUUUGCAUCUGAAGAUGUUGUUUGGUCUGCUGUCUUCCUCCUAACUAACUUUUCAUUUGCUAACCUAAUUUUUGCAAUAUUCUUUUUGAAAACACCCGGAAGGAACUUGUUUGCUGAAGACAGAAUUAACUUGCAUAUUCCAGCCUUCAGGAAUAAGCUAGAGGUGGCCCUGCUGGUUGCAUUGUUUUUUGUAUUCAAAAAUGUGAAGCUGGUGAAAUCUAAGCAUUUAGUGAACGACGAACCUAAUACAGGUGUAGCUAAUUAUAAUCAGGAAUUCAUAAGCAACUGCCUUAGGACACUGCCACAGCUUUGCUAUUUACUCUACUCGCAGAUUGCAAAAAUUGACUACCAGUCCAAGAUAGCCUUUCUUGGUAUUUAUCCCUCUGUUGACUCCUUUUUUAUUGUUCACAUGCCGCCUGCAGUGGCUAUUCUUUUCAUCUACUUCCUUAGAAAUAUCGACUUUAGAAGAACGCAGGCAGCAAAGCACACCCUGCUUGCCUUUUGUCCAUAUCUACUAAAUCUUGAAAAGGUUCAACAGUCCAUCAACUACGAGGUCUUCUUUGCCCUCACAAACAAGUUUGGGUUGGUUUCUAGCGGCCUUGCAGCUCUGGCAUAUUUUGUCAUUCCACGAUAUUAUGUGAUCAGAACAUUUGAAAUUAGCUUGUACGGGAUGUUUCUUAAUCUUGUUUCACUGCUCUUUUGCUUCGUUUGUAGCUGGGUGAUGAAGGAGUCACUUGUUUUCCAGUAUUUCUUUGUUGGAAGAUUGUUGUUUGUGACGAUGUUUUUCAUAGUUGAUGUUCUGGUGGAAGGAGCCAUAGCUUUGAAAAGGACGAAUAAAUGA